AUGGUCACAUAUGUCAGUAAAAAUACCAAGUAUGAAGAUUUCUAUCUCAAUUAUCUUAUGAGAAAUCAACCGUGUAUAUUUGAUUCCUGGCUAACUCAUGAUUGGUUAGCAUGUUCAACAUGGUGUUCUCCUAUUGGAUUUAUUAAUACAGAGAAAUUAUUCGAAAACAUUUCAGAUUCGAAGUUAUGUGUAUCUAACUGUUCCGUCUUUGAAUUCGAUACACACCCAGUUUUUGAAAUCACUGUUGACGAAUUCUUAUCCUAUUGGAAUAAUCGAAUAGAAGGGAAAGAUGAUCGUAUCCUUUAUCUGAAAGAUUGGCAUUACUUUAAAUAUAAUUCAGAAAAUAACUGGUUCAAUUUGCCAGAAUACUUUUCAUCUGAUUGGCUGAAUGAGUUUUGGGAGUUUAGAAAUGAUCUCUCUGAUGACUUUAAGUUUGUAUAUUUGGGAAGUGAGGGGACAUGGACACCUUUUCAUGCUGAUGUAUAUCGUUCAUUCAGUUGGUCAGCAAAUAUACUUGGCCAUAAGCGCUGGUGGAUUUUUCCUCCUGGAGAAGAGAAGAAACUUUCAUUGCCCAAUGGGAAAAUUCCAUGUGAUAUACGCCCCAUCAUAACAAACAGAGAGGAUGUAGAAUAUUAUGUAGUUGAUCAAUAUUCUGGGCAAGUAAUUUUCAUACCUUCUGGAUGGUAUCAUCAAGUUGUAAAUAUAACGGACAGUAUUUCAAUCAAUCAUAAUUGGUUUAACGCUACAAAUGUAAGCUAUGUUUGGGAUCAUUUAAAAGAUCAAUUGAAGGCUAUUGAAGAAUCAACUAUGGAUGUCUGUUCAACUCCUGGAUGGCAUGAAGAAUGCCAAACUUGCUUACGUGCACUCUCUGGAAUGAAUUUUAAAGAAUUCUUCUCACUGUUAAAGUAUAUUUUAAUCACUCGAUUACCGAGACACAUUGAUGAUAUGAAUACUGUAAUAAAUGAAUUUUUGAAAAAAUGCAAAUCUACACAAUACACAUCGUUAGAUGUACUUGAUGAUCUAAUGAAUUGUGAAUUAAUCAAUCUAAUCAAAACAAAUUUAGAUAUAUUUCAUACUGCUGUAAAAAAUCCCAACUUAUGGAAAGAGUAUUAUACAAGUGAUACUGAUGCAUCAAAUUGGAUACGUGUACAUGACUUUUGUAUGGUGAUACAAAUUAUGAAACAAUUUAUUCAACAUCCUGUUGUGAAAAUUCUAAAGCUUUGUAAUGAUAUAUUAAAAUCAUUUUUAGAAAGUUUUUAAAUGUAUUAUUUUGUAAAUUUUUGGUUGAGUAUUUAUAAUUUUUUGUAUUUGAUCUGUAAUAUUUUGGUUAAAACAACAUUUGAUACGUUUUAACAGUUUUUGUCUAUCCUUAAAUAGAAACUGUAUGAAUUUCGAUGUAUAGUCCUUAUCAAACAUCCUUUUAAAUUAUUCUUCUAGGUUAU